AUGAGUACACAUAUCGAGCGAGCGAUAGAGAAGAUCCAGGUCAAGGAACCACUGCCUGCUAUCGACUUUACGCAACACACUCUCGAGGACGGCAAUGUAAUUAGCACCCAGGAGAGAGUGGUCAAGGAUGUACGUCUUCUGUCGACUCAUACCCCUAAGUCCAUCCCUGAGCGCAUCCCACUCGUGUCCAUCCAGGUCCAAGCCCCCGCGAUGUUCAAGCCAACGCCGGAGCAGUUCUUCAAUAAGCACGGGCAGGAUCAGACAAAACCGGACAUUGCAUUCCUGAAGAACCACUUCUACAGGGAAGGGCGAUUGACUGAAGAUCAGGCGUUGUGGAUAUUGGAAAAGGCUACCGAGAUCCUCAGAAAAGAGGGCAACGUCCUGCAAGUAGACGCUCCAAUCACCGUUUGUGGUGAUAUCCAUGGCCAAUAUUAUGAUUUGAUGAAAUUGUUCGAAGUUGGAGGAAGCCCCGCCGACACACGUUAUCUCUUCUUGGGCGAUUAUGUUGACAGAGGGUAUUUCAGCAUUGAGUGCGUCUUGUACCUUUGGUCACUGAAGAUAUGGUACCCCGAUUCCCUUUUCCUUCUACGCGGUAACCACGAGUGCCGUCACUUGACUGAUUACUUCACGUUUAAACUUGAAUGCAAACACAAAUACUCAGAACGCGUAUACGAUGCUUGUAUGGAAUCAUUCUGCGCUCUUCCCCUCGCUGCCAUCAUGAACAAGCAAUUCCUGUGCAUACACGGUGGUUUGUCUCCCGAACUCAACACCCUUGAUGACCUGCGAAACAUUGACCGCUUCCGCGAACCACCAACUCAUGGCCUGAUGUGUGACAUCCUCUGGGCUGAUCCUGUCGAGGAUUUCGGACAAGAAAGGACGACGGACAGUUUCGUCCACAACCACGUGCGAGGAUGCUCGUACUUCUUUACAUACCAUGCUGCUUGCCAAUUCCUGGAGCGAAACAAUCUGUUGGCUAUCAUUAGAGCACACGAGGCUCAAGAUGCAGGAUAUCGCAUGUAUCGCAAAACAAAAACUACUGGAUUCCCUUCAGUCAUGACCAUUUUUUCCGCGCCCAACUAUCUCGACAUGUACAACAAUAAAGCCGCUAUACUAAAAUACGAAAGCAAUGUGAUGAACAUCCGCCAGUUUAAUUGCACGCCUCAUCCAUAUUGGCUUCCUAAUUUCAUGGAUGUCUUUACCUGGAGUUUGCCGUUUGUCGGAGAGAAGAUCAUUGAUAUGCUGGUCGCGGUGCUUAAUACUUGCACUAAGGAAGAGCUGGAAGAGGCUGACGAGGAUCUCGCCAUCAUGUCACCCGCUGCCGCCGUGGCAGAAUCUGCUGAGCGUAGGAAGAUCAUCAAGAAUAAGAUCAUGGCUGUUGGAAGAAUGGCGAGAGUAUUUGCUUUGCUUCGUGAGGAGUCGGAGAAAGUGUCGGAACUGAAAAACGUUACUGGAUCGACCAAACUUCCGUACGGUACUCUCGCUUCAGGAAGCGAAGGAAUCAGAGAGGCUAUUUCCGGAUUUGAUGACGCUCGCAAAUCGGAUAUUGAGAACGAACGCUUACCUCCUGAGCUUCUCGAUCCUGAUUCUGAAGAAGGCAGGGCGAUCCUUUCCUCUCAACCAACCACGCCCUCCGAGAACGGCGCCCAACCCGGACCAAUCUCGCCCAACGGAGUCAAAGAAGGUUUGGAGAAAGCUAUUGCAUCUGGCCGUGGUUCUCCUGGCCCCGGCGGUGUGCCCCUGUCGCGCAUCAGCACCUCGUCAGGCUCGCCUUCGCCGACACCGGGUAGCCCGAUAUCCCCGUCGCCUGGUGGGUUCAAGCGCGGCCACAGCAGACAGGCUAGCUUGGGCACGACGAUGACGAGCCCGAGUACUCGACGAAGGAGCCUUGAGAGCACGAUGUCGCUCAUCCAGAAUGUGUUGGAUGGCAAGGGUAGUAGCAGGAUUGAGGAGGACGAGGCUGUUGAUAACCUGGCAAGCAGGCUUGCGGGCUCUUCAGUGGGGACCAAUAACGGUACCGGCAACAACACUGGCACUGGCAAUAGCAACAGCAACAGCAACAACAACAAUGGCAGCUAUACAUCCCGCCCGUCAGGUCGUUGA